AGGGUAUGCAUUCCUGCAGCGGAGCAGCCAUCGUAGACAUGGCGGCCGACUCCGUCGGCGAUUGAAUGACGGCGGAUCUACUCGUUGGGUCGCGUUGACUUCAUUCCGGCCGCCCUGCACGAUGAAGAUGUAGUUGGCCAGGAUCCGCCAGGACUGGGCGGAGUCGUCACCCCCGCAACCGACGUCGGGCUAUGGGCGCGCAGCAUGGCAAGGAAAACCGUGGAAGCGCGUCAUCCGUUGGAAGUAGUAGUCACGGGAACAAGCUGACAAAACAUGGCCAGAAACAAAAGGCGAAGGACAUCAGGCUGUCCUCUGUGUCGGCGAACAUAUUCACCGAGCACAGCGAGGCACUUUUGCAGAGCCGCCCCUUGCCAGAGAUUCCGGAUGGGGACGACCCUGGGUCAUUUCGAGGAUUUCUGGCCGAAGGAGCCUCCCGCUGGAUGUCCAAAGAAAAUCUACUGGCCCAAGAAGAUGCCGAUCCACACCUUUUUGUGGCCCUUUAUGACUUUCAGUCGGGUGGCGAAAACCAGCUUUCUCUCAAGAAAGGGGAGCAGGUGAAAGUUGUAUCAUACAACCGGACAGGCGAGUGGUGUGAGGCACAGGGCCGUUCGGGGCAGGUGGGCUGGGUACCCUCCAACUAUGUGACGCCUGUCAACAGCCUAGAGAAGCAUUCCUGGUACCAUGGGCCCAUUGCACGCAAUGCAGCUGAGUACCUGCUUAGCAGUGGCAUCAAUGGCAGCUUUCUGGUGCGUGAGUCUGAGUCCAGCCCUGGCCAGCGCUCCAUUUCCUUGCGCUGUGAAGGGAGAGUCUACCACUACCGCAUCAAUGAAGACUCUGAGGGGAAGGUGUAUGUCACGUCAGACUGGCGGUUCAACACCUUGGCUGAGUUGGUGCACCACCAUUCACUGCAUGCUGACGGCCUUAUUACUCAACUGCUGUACCCGGCACCUAAGCGCAACAAGCCAGCGGUGUUUGCGCUCAGUCCUGAGCCAGAUGAAUGGGAGAUUGACAGAACGGACAUAGUCAUGAAGCAUAGGCUAGGUGGUGGUCAGUACGGGGACGUGUAUGAAGCUCUGUGGAAGCGUUACAACCUUACAGUGGCGGUUAAGACACUCAAGGAGGACACCAUGGCUCUCAAGGACUUCCUGGAAGAAGCGGCCAUCAUGAAAGAAAUGAAGCACCCCAAUCUUGUGCAACUCAUUGGGGUGUGCACACGUGAGCCACCCUUCUACAUCAUCACCGAGUUCAUGGCCCAUGGGAACCUCUUGGAGUACCUACGCAACUGCUCACGAGAGGAAAUUACAGCUGUAGUGCUAAUGUACAUGGCUACUCAGAUUGCUUCUGCGAUGUCCUACCUGGAAGCCCGCAGCUUCAUUCAUCGGGAUUUGGCAGCACGCAACUGCCUUGUAGGAGACUGUCAUCUUGUGAAAGUCGCUGAUUUUGGACUUGCCCGGCUGAUGAGAGAUGACACGUACACCGCUCACGCAGGUGCCAAAUUUCCUAUCAAGUGGACGGCCCCUGAAGGCCUUGCCUACAACAAGUUUUCUACUAAGUCAGAUGUUUGGGCUUUUGGCAUCCUGCUGUGGGAGAUAGCUACUUAUGGGAUGUCCCCCUAUCCCGGUGUGGACCUAACAGACGUCUACCACAUGCUUGAGUCUGGCUAUAGAAUGGAGUGCCCUCCUGGUUGCCCAGCCAGAGUGUAUGAGCUCAUGCGUCAAUGCUGGCAAUGGGAGACCACGGACCGUCCAACAUUCCAGGAAAUACACAACACAUUAGAAAAUAUGUUCCAGAAUUCAAGCAUUACUGAAGAGGUGGAGCGACAGCUGGAGAAGCAGUCACCAGCUAUGGCAUACAAAAAGCAUCCAGGGAGCUCGCCAACGAUUGGAACCAUGACUGAUGAUGAUCAAGAAAAUAGAGCACCUGACACAAGUAACCAGGCAGUGGUGCCAACCAAGCCAAGCCAAGGCCUGCUGCAGGUGAAGUCGAGCACAGUACAACUGCGCCGGCCGGGUCCUCGCAGCAAGCAAGCUCCUGUUCCUCCAAAGCGCACCAGUUCCUUCCGUGACAGCACCUACCAAGACCGCAAUCCUGAUGAUGAAGAUGGUGAUGAGGAAGAACUUAAUGGGGGCCUGGAACGGGUGUUUGAAACAGCCGGUGACUGCAGUGGCCCUGAGGCCAAACAGUCGACGCCUGACACGGAAGAGUCCGAGCUGCAUUCGACAACAAGCGUACCAGACGUCUCCCAGCAGCUGCUUAACACCAAGCCACAAAAGCUGAGGAAAGCACGGACAUAUCCUCCCAACUUGCAGCCACAGAGGACUGGAAAAGAUGCAAAUGUUGCCUUGUCUAUGAAGCAGGCCAAAAAGGUUCAGGUUGCAGCCUUGGAGGUGCAGAAUGUCAAGCGUGCCAUCAAUAGGUAUGGGACAUUGCCAAAGGGGGCCCGUAUUGGUGCCUACCUAGAAUCGUUGAGGCAGCAUGGACUGCACACUGGGACAUCCUACCAAGAGCCUGUUGUCGAGGUUGGACAUGCUCACUACCAGAUGGGAAAUGUGCUUUCUAUUGGUUCAGGAGCUCGAGUGGCUGCCGGGGCUGAUUAUGGUCACGCACGUUGCAAGGUUGGAGACGUCACACCACCACAUGCAAUAUUGCAGCGCCAAAAGUCUGACUUGACACACACUAAAGUAAGUGAUGCUUUUGAGACUGGCUCUAUUCCUGAGAUGAGGAGGCCAGGGACCAAGCAAGGACCAUCUCCCAGGCUAGCAAGGCAUCACAGGUUUGAUGGGAAGUCUACAACUCCUGGGCGAGAUGUGCCUAAUGAUGGCUUACAAGAUGUAGUAAGUGAAAGUGAGGCUCAGGUGGGAGUAACACAAAAAAGAGAGUCGUUUGAAUCGCUUGCACUGCAGUCGCAGGAUGGAAAAGCAGCACCAGCAACAGUGUCACCAGUUGCGCUUUUUGGAUCAUCCGUUGUGCGCCGAACUCUUAAGCGUCGACCAAAGGACCGACCACCUAGCCCUCCAAAGCACCCCCUUGUAAAGAGUGGCUCUGUGGAUGACCAGUUGAGCCGUCACUCAGGAAACUCUAAUGCUGCCACGAAAGCAGCUUCAGACAGUAAUCAGAGUCCCGUGAUGCCAGAGGCUCCAGAUGGCAGCCCUAUUUCUUACAGUGAUGAGGGGUUCCCUCCACCACCAGAGUUUAGCAAUCCAGACCAGCAGACACUUCAGUGCCAGGAUGUUCAUUCUUCACCGUUAGCAGAAAUAUCAGCAAGGAACUCUGCUGCGCAGGUGGUAUCGGAGCUGUUUGAGAACCUUAAGAUGAAAGCUCGUCGAAAAGCUGCAGAAACAGGGGAAGCAUGUGCUCAAACAACUGGAGACUCCUGCCGUGGAGGUAGCCCUGUUGAAAAAAAUGCUACCGAUGUACUAGCCAAAGCUUCUGCUCCGCAGAAGAAAGCUCCUGUAGAGGACAGCAAGAAACGGGAGCCAGAGCGAUUGCAGUCGCCCACCCAGUCUCUAGAGCCACCAGCACAAGGAGAAGAAGAGAAGCGGCAAAGCUCUGGAAGCAUUAGUAGCCUGAAGAAGCUGUGGGAGAAAGAGACAGGUGGUGGCAAAGUGAGUCCCAAGAUUGGUGCCAAGCGGCCAGAGUCAUUACGCCUUUCAAAAAAUGAUGGAGGAGAAAGCAAGAAAACAAGCCCUCCAUCGCCACCCUCAGCAGUCACCGUUCCGCCAAGGACACCAGAUGAUGCACCUGACCCCCAGCAGCAGCAGCAACAGCAGCAACAAUUUACAUCAAAGCCUGUUGUUCCGACCAAGCCUGCCCUUAAGGCAGCCUCCAAGCUCUCCUCCAGCACAGGCAACAAGUUUCUGAAGUCAUCGUCAUCAUCGUCAGGUGCGCCCAGUCAACCUAAACCUCCUGUGGUGCCUCGCAACCAGCCGAGCACCUCUCCCCAGCCCAAGAAAGGUGCACAAAGGGAUGAGGAUCGGUUGGCUGACAGCAAGAGCUCCAUCCUGGAGAUCUCAAGUGCACUGGAAAGUGGCAUUGUGGCACUUAAGGCGGCUGUGCCAGGCUCCCUGAGCAGCGUCAGCGUUAUGCAACUGUCCGACAAGGUGCAGCUCUUGUGUUCCUCCUGCAGCAGCUAUGCUGAGAGUGUGCCGCCACAUGGCCGUUUUCGUUUCCGGGAGCUGUUGUCGCGGCUUGAGACGCAGGGCGACCAGCUGCGGACAUGCUCCAGCAACAACAGCGCUGCCAGUGCCAAGCUGUUCACGGACCUGCACAACACGGUCAGGGAUCUAGUGAACGUGGUGCAGCGGUGAGCUUUUGCUCCACGCCUGUGUACAUACUCUGUUUCACUGCAACUGUGAUUACACUUCACGAUGCUCCUCCGUUUUUUUUUUUUUUUUUUUUAAUCAUUCUAGUCCCUUUUAGAGACCAUGUGUGUGAGGGUGCUCGCCUGCAUUCAAGCUCAUCAUGAGAACCAUUGUCAGACUCCCAUGUUUGUCAGGUGACGGAAGAUUGCUGAAUGUCCUUUGUAGUCCGAGAGAAAAAUAACUGUUCUGGUCUUUUAUCAUCGGGUAAUCAUAGUAACUGUAAUGCUGAUGGUAUUUAUAUCACUUUUUAGGAUGCUGCAACAUUUAAUUUUUUUUUAUUAUGAACUUGUCAGACCAAAGCCUAUCUCUUCAAUGCUUUUAUUGAAAUAGCUUGUCUGUCGUAUUUUAAUUGACUUUGAGCCUUGAUGAAUGGACUUAGUUUUGAGUGUGUGGUGAUUGUGCAAUUUUCUAUGCAUCUGUAAAUUUUUUGAGUAUGGUUACUGUAACAGAAGCAGACGUGGUACCUUUUAAAUUAUUCAAAAUAAAAUAGUAAAAAAAAAACUUUUUGUUGUGGAGCAUCAUAAAAUUGGAAAGUGCAAGUGCAGCCUGUCCAAGGCAUGCAAACCCAAAACCCCUGUGCAUAUGCUAGGUAACAUUGCCUGCCCAUGCACAAAACAGUUUAAAUUAUGUAAAUGUCAUAGUGGUGCUUUAAAUUGGCAUUGAAAUUAUGCUACGGAAUGCAAUGUUGUGGUUUGCAGCAAUUAAUAACAAUGCACUCGCCUUUUGCUGCUAACUGUUCUAAGGCCUAUCCCAAUGUUCACUCUAAGGUGCAUGGCCAAGCACUGCCUUUGACAGCAUCAUGAAGACUUGGACAACUGUGUUUGCUUCCUCCAAGAACUCUCACGUCGAUGCAGUUUUGCACGCCAUUCUGGCACAACUGCUCAGCUUAUCCUGUGCAUUCACUGGAAGAACAUUAGCCACAUAUCUCCAUUUAGAUGUUUGUUAAAGAACCCUGAGUAAAAAUUAACAUGGGAGUCCUCAUUACCCUAGUGUAUUGUGUUUCAGGAGUUGUAGUGGCCCUUGAAAACCCUUCAAUGUGGAAGGGUUUUGUUCCCAUAAUUAAAAUUACUGUAAAAUGUAAUGCCAUAGCUUUUCUUUCCUGUUUUUGAACAUAAAUUGCAUAUUACAUUUUCAACGAAUGAUGGUAGUGCCACACAUACGAGGUCACGCCUGUUGCACAAGGUGCACGAAAUCGCUGCAUUGUGAUACCACUAUCAGUCCCACUCAAGUUUUUUCAGAAGUGGUGCAGGGCCCCUUUAAGUUUCGCAGAGAGCUUAAAAAUUCCUGAACUGUGCUCGCAGCUAAGUUUAGUGGAUUUAAUUUGUCUAUCGGACCACAAGGUUUAUGCAGGUGAAGAAGAGCCAUGCGAAUCUGAUCCAGUUAGCAUCACUGUGAUGGCUUGUGAGGGUGCAUGCGAGAGAGACUUAGCAAACACAUUUUCGUUCCAGUAGCAACAAAAAUAAAAGUGUUUGUUGUUUAAGACGGCGAUUUUGUUAUCAAGCUAUCAUACAUCGUGGUGCUUUAUUCCUUGAAAACCUAUGAUUUUUUUUUUUCCGCAAAGGCUGCUAUGAACCCUGUGCUUUUGCAUCUUGCUGCACUGUUAGAUGUCCUCACUAAAAUUCUCUGCAAGUGCUUUUUAAAUGGAUAAAUUUCCCACUGGCCUGGCCAUGAAACCUGGCAGUGAAACCUGUGCAGUCAUGUCUUGCUGCAGGCUGACAUACAUACGAAAGGGCAUGAGAAGCUAAAAAGUCAGUCUAUGGUGGCCUGCUGGUGCUGUAUGUAUUGCAUUGACCCACGUGUUGGGAUUUUCCGGGUUUGGAAUGGCCUUUCCACAUUGUAGAAAACACUCGCCAUGGUGGAAAACACUCGCAACAACAGGAUUGUCCCUUAAGUUAUCUGCCUGACACAGAAAAGUAGUGGCGCCAAAAUUUGUUUUCUGUGACGGUGUCCUGCAACAGUGUCCUCACCAAAAAUUGUGCAUGCUUGGCACAUAUGUCAAUUGUGGUGACCUCCAAUGUGUGCAUUCAAUCCAAUAGUGCCAAUAGCAAUGGAUAAUAGUAAAAGGUGGGUGGAGUAUGAGCACCAAGUAGUUGUUGAUAAACACCAGGCGUCCAUUGUAUGUCACCACCGCAUGACCGUGACGGCUAACAGCAUCCACUUGGAGUCAGAGUGGCGGCAAAUACUCUCCUAUUCUGCGUGAGCUAACUAAGUUUUACUAUAUCCUAAUCAAGCAUUCUGUCUAUCUCUUCUUUAUCCUGUAAACGUGUCCAUGAUGAUCCUGUCCCCACCUCUUCCCUGCUUUUCUUCCACAGACUACAAUCGUCCCCUGCUGAUCACCAACACAUACCAUUUAAUGGUCUCAUCACCGUCGAACCCCAGCACAUCUGGAAUGUGGUUGUUCUCUCCGAUUCUGGAUUAAUGGAUAUCUUCGCAUGACUUUAAAAUGUGCUGAGUUGUUGCCAGAUUUCUCUUUUUUUUUUUUUUUCUGCAGCGGAGACAGGUCCCCUUGUUGCUCUAGUACCUCGAGUCCCCAGGCAGGUAGCUCAGGCCUCAAAAAGCAAGGCACUAUACCCUAUGUGGUGUACCAAUGUUUUUUGCCAAUUUGUCGUUUGCCUUCCUUGUAAAGCUGCGUGGACUUUUACUGUCAUGGCAGUUAAAAGCUCGAAACUAGGUUUACUGUGCCCAUCUGUACUUUCCGUCGAGCAGGCGACGCGGCGGCUGUAGUUGGUUUUCCUCUACGAGUGGCCCAUACCCACUGUGGGGUAUUGACAAAGAAUUGGGUGAGUUAGGAAAAUAGUUGUCAUUGCCAAGUCAUCGUCGUCAGUUUUAUUCUCGCCAUAGUGCAAAGAAAAAGCUUUGCCCUGCCAAUGCAUUGCUCCCACUGCAUACAAUCAUUAAAGAGAGAUGUUAGAA